ACCCAAGGAUUUCCGACAUUUAUUUAAGAUAUAUCUUAACGAUGAAAAAAAAUCGUGCACAAUCCUUAUAUGGAUGAAAUAUAAUCGGAACCCCUUUGUAUCAGAUAUGAGUCUUGUGAUUAUUUCUUUGUUUAAGGCAAAGAACAAAUCAGUAAGGAUUUGUUCCAAAUCAAUGUCGGUUUUUUUUCUGUAACUUGAAUCCAAGAAAGAAGUAAUCAGGUGACGUGAAAAAGACAUCUGUCGCGUUGUACUUUGAAUCGGGGUAAAGAGGGUAACUGGAUCAUCUAUCAUCGAUUAUUUUCAUUUUUUCCUUUUCUUGAUGAUUUAUGAUGGACAAAAUUGGAAAAUAAGGAAAGAAAUACAGUGUUGGAAUGUGAAGGUUUCGUUGUAUUACCGAAAAACACCGUUUGUGAUGUAUUGCUUCCCUUAAAAAGUGUUAUUCAUCUUUAAAUCUCUCGGUUAUCAGGCGGGCUGUGAUCAGUCAGUUUUUUACAAAUUGCAAAAUGAUAAGAAACUGGACUUUUCCUGAUACAAAUGUAAAGAAAGAAGCUGAAAAACGCAAAAUAAACGGGAAAUUUCCUGCGUGUCAUCCGAAUCGGUUAUGUCACGCGAGUGUUAUGUCACGCGUGUCUCGCUAACCUCGAUCUAGCAAUCCACUCACUCUCUCGGCAAAAUGGCAGCCGAUGAAGAAUCAACCACUUCCAAGAAGCUGAUCAAUGAUCCUUUAGAUGCGGUAGAUGAGGCUUUAGAAGGUAUCGUUUUAGCCAAUCCUGGGUUAAAGUUACUAAAGAAUUAUCGGGUUAUUAUCCGAGAGGAUGUGAACGAAAUACGAAAGGCAGGAAAGGUAACCCUCAUCUCAGGAGGUGGAAGCGGUCACGAGCCAUCGCAUGCCGGAUUUGUUGGAAAAGGGAUGUUGACAGCGGCUGUGGCUGGAGCUGUUUUCACUUCUCCACCAACGAAAUCCAUCCUUGCUGCAAUAAGAGCUGUUGGACUCGGUAACAGGGGAGGAACGCUAUUGAUUGUGAAGAAUUACACUGGCGAUAGGUUGAAUUUCGGAUUUGCCGCUGAGAGGGCGAAGGCCGAGGGGAUAAAAGUCGAUAUGGUGGUGGUUGGUGAAGACUGUGCUCUCACUAGUAAGGACAAGACAGCAGGAAGGAGGGGGCUUUGUGGAACUGUUCUGAUCCAUAAGAUUGCAGGUUCACUGGCUGAGGAAGGAAAAUCUCUUGAGGAAAUCUCACAAGUAGCCAAGGCCGCAGCCCAAGCCAUGGGUACCAUUGGUGUUAGUUUGGCUCCAUGCAGUCUCCCAGGAUCUUUGCCAUCCUUUGUAUUGGGCAGUGAUGAGAUGGAGUUAGGACUGGGUAUACAUGGAGAACCUGGUGUCAAGAGGGUAAAGCUUGAAAAGGCAGACCAAGUUGUCAAAACCAUGAUUGACCACAUGUCAGAUGUUCAGAGUGGUGCAACAUACAAGCUCAGUCUAAAGAAGGGUGACAGGGUGGCUCUUGUAGUAAAUAAUCUUGGAGGAACAUCUGUUCUGGAGUUAAACAUUGUUGCAAGGGCAGCCAUAACAUACCUUACUCAAGGGAAAGAGGUGAAAGUUGAUCGGGUUUAUGUUGGAAGUUUUAUGACCUCAUUAGAAAUGGCUGGAGUAUCAAUCACUUUGCUUCACUUGGACAAAACUAGGGUGGAUUGUUUGGAUCAAAGCACAACUGCACCAGCAUGGCCACGAGUUUCAGUAUCUACAAAUUCAGGCUUUAUGAGAAUUGACAAGCAGCCUCUUGAAAUUCCCAUGAAUGCAGCAGAAGAAAAAAAGGAGACUUCCUCAGAAAAGCUGACCGCACUAGGGGAAAAGGUCUAUGCCGUUAUUAGUCAUGUAACUAAUGCCCUCAAUGCUGCUGAGAGUAAUCUGAAUGAACUGGAUAACCUUGCUGGCGACGGAGACUGUGGGACCACCCUUUCUCGGGGAGCCUCAGCCAUAAAGAAAGCCUUAGGAACACAGGAUGCCCCAGGUUUGCCAUGUAACCAUCCAGAAAAGCUUUUGUUAUCACUUGCCAGUUUGUGUGAGGAUCAUAUGGGUGGAAGUUCUGGCGUGUUCUACAGCCUCUUUCUCACGUCUGGAACAGUUCAUCUCAGGGGUGACUCAGCCGCAAAGUCCUGGGCUCGAGCUUGGGAGGCUGGUGUCCAGGCCAUCAUGAGGUAUGGCGGAGCGGAGCCUGGGGACCGUACAAUGCUCGACGCGUUGCACCCGGCAGGAUCAACUUUGAUCUCAGAGCUCGAUUCAGGUGUUGACCCAUUGGAGGCAGUGGAAAAGGCUGUGGAGGCUGCUGAGCUGGGUGCCCAGUCUACCUCCGCCAUGUCAGCCCGAGCCGGUCGAUCCAGUUACGUUAGUGAAAAGCACUUGAAUAAGCCAGACCCAGGAGCAUUGGCUGUGACGGUCUGGUUCCGGGCGGCUUUUAACGCUCUGAAAAAUUAGGAGAUAAUUGUAAGGUAUGCGCUGUUUGGUCGUUGCUCGGGGGGAUUUUAUUUGUAGUCUGAUUUCCAGUUAAAUACAAUGCUGCACCUGUUUAAAUAUUAUUUAACUAAUACUUUCAGCAAACCAGUUACUUGUUAUAAACCGCUCUGCUCACUUUUCACAAGAGAUAUUUGGUUAGAAUUUUUACGCGUAAUUAUUUCCUUUUUGCACUUGGCUUUGCAAGAGGAGGGACUGGUACACUAUUGACUAAAUCCACUGGAUGCCCUGACAAAGUUAAAUGACGUUUAUUAACUCCUUUGGAUUGAUAAUUUGGAUUGGCUAUCUUGUAAAGAAAUCUCUUAAAACAUCAAAUGCCUGUUUCCAUCAGGAACAUUCUUUUGGAACCUAAAAUUUUUGCGCCAGGAAUUUUGAUGAUACUUCGUUGGACAAGAUGAUAUGGAAAGAUAAUUAAUUAAAUAUUUCCUGACCUUCGGUAGCAAUAUAUGUAAUAUUUAAGGAGAUUUAAAUAGCAUAAGCGAAAGAGAAUUUAGUCUUUUAUAUUGAGAUGUUUUAAUAUCAAAUGGUAUGAAAUGAAUUUAUAGCGAUAUCGACUUCAAUUAAUAAAUCACGCCUCCACCUCUA